AUGCAAAAUACCUUGUUGCAACUCUCGUUCCUUGCCUCUGUGGCCUCUGGCUACUGGCUGCCGGAAACUUUGGGCAAGGACCAAUUCAAGACCUGUGUUGUGCCCAAGACCACAGGCGACGCCUCUCCCACCAUUGCCUCGACCGUCAAGUCUUGUGGCAGUAACUCCCGCGUGGUAUUCAGCGCCGGCACCGAAUACACUUUGCUUACUCCUUUGAAGUUCUCCGGUCUGACGAACGUUGAGUUGUCAGUCGAGGGCAACCUCACACUCUCAGACGACCCCGCUGUGGUUUCAGCGGUUGUUGGCAACAGAACAGCGUACCCCGGUCACUGGAUCACCAUUGCCAACAGCAAGGGUGUCACCAUCACUGGUGCCCCUGGCGGGGGCUACUUCAACGGCCAUGGUGACAAGUGGUGGUCCAACAAGAAUGACAGCAGCGACAAUGGCCGCCCUCACUUCUUCUCAUUUGGUGUCACUGGACUUCGUUUGCGCCGCAUCAAGGUCAUCAACCCCGUCGCCUGGGUUUUCUCCAUGGGCGGACAGGAUGUUUACAUGACGGACACCUUGCUUGACGCCCGAUCCACCAUCGGCUUCCCGUUCAACACCGAUGGUAUCGAUGUUAGCGCUUCUGACGUUGUCAUUGACGGAUGGACAAGUUGGAACGGCGACGACAUCAUCAACGUCUCCCCGCCGGCUGUUAACGUCACCAUGCGCAACAUCAAGGCCUAUGGAACCCACGGCAUUUCCGUUUCCUGUGCUUCGGGAAGCGGGAGCCAGUACCUCUUCGAGAACGCUGAAAUCCACGAUUCGCUUCUCGGAGCCCGCUUCAAGGGCUCAGUCGGCACCACCUGCAACAUCUCCGACGUCACCUGGCGCAACAUGACCAUCAUCAACACCAGCUACCCCAUUCACUUCAUCGAGGACUACGUCGACCAGGAGAAGGGCGCUGCUGGGAAGGACGCUUCUCUCGCCGCGUACGCUAAGAACUUUCGCUGGGAGAGCAUCACUGCCCACACCAGCAGCACCCUGAAGGACGGCAGCUGCGUGGGUAGCCCGUGCUGGAGCUCGACUCUUGAGGAAACUACCAAGAAGUCGAUGUACAUCAUCUGCAAGGAUGCGGCCCAUUGCCAGGACUUCCACUUCUCGGAUAUUACCCUCGUUGCUGCUGAUGGCAGUGCAGGCGAAAUGGAAUGUGUUGGGCUGGAGAACGACAAGACCCUUGGCAUUCCUUGCACUAACGGCACUCUCACCGCAUCGAAAUAG